UUAUAUUAUAUUUAUUGUCGAUGGUAACUAUCAGUUGCAUUAUUUCAAAACGGAUGUAAUAAUUGGCAGAGUCUAGAGGAAGAAUAAUGUUUUUCAUAACAUUCUAUCCACAAAAUUGAAUUGGGGAAAACCAGGCUUCCACUGGGCACUAUUUGAGCAACAAAAUUUGGAAGUUGACAAACUUCCUUUUCUUGAUUCUAGCAUUCUCCACACACUUAUUUUUGUCUUACUCUAUAAUUUUUGUUAUUUAUUGUUUAUGUUUUUAAGUGGCGCAUUAUACAAGUUUUCCACCAAUUUUACAAAGCUCUGUUGAGAAACCAUGGCGAUUCAGGCUUGGUAUAUGGAUGAAACUAAUGAAGAUCCAAGGCUUCCUCAUCAUCGAACUCCUAAAGAAUAUGUGUCCCUUGAUACCCUGUCUGAUAUUGGUGUUCUUUACUGGAAAUUGGAUGCCAAGAACUAUGAAAAUGACCCUGAAUUGAACAAGAUUAGAGAAGAGAGGGGUUAUAACUACUUCGAUCUUCUUGAUUUGUGCCCCGAAAAGGUUGAGAAUUGUGAGCAAAAACUGAAGAAGUUAUACACAGAACACAUACAUGCAGACGAAGAAAUACGCUACUGCUUAGAGGGAAGUGGCUACUUUGAUGUGCGAGACAAGGCAGAUCGUUGGAUCCGGAUCUUGGUGAAAGAGGGUGAUCUUAUUAUUCUUCCCGCUGGAAUUUACCAUAGGUUCACCCUCGAUACAACUAAUUACGUAAAGUUGAUGCGACUUUUCAAAGGAGAACCCGUUUGGACGCCCUACAAUCGACCCCAAGAAGAUCAUCCAGCGAGAAAAGAGUACAUCAAGCAUUUGGCUGGGAGUGGCGGGAUGCCGGUUGCAGCUCAUUAGUCAUUCACGCCGCCUGGUUGGUUUGUUACCUUAAUAUAUAUCGACUGUAAGCUUUAGUAUGUUAUAUCUAUGACUGUUUGUAUUGUGCAUACAUCAUUGUGCUUCGUAGCAUGAACUAAUAUGUGGAAAGAAAAGUACAGGUGCUAUGUUAUGUCAGUGUCAUUAUUGUGUCGUGUAACUCUCGAAUACUCUUGUAUGCUCUUGAGUACAUAUCUGUACUAUGACUGAUCAUAUGAAUUUCGUGGUUAUGGAAAUGAACGCGCUAUAGUAUUCGUGAAACUGUGAAAUUGAGAUUUGAGGAUUUAUUUGUUGUC